AUGUCGGUUCUCCCUCUGCGGGUCAGAGUGCUGCGGCAGGUGUGGAGGUCAAAGGGCGGCUUGGUGCUCGUCUGCAGCCCGCUGGUCCUGCUGCCGCUGGCCGUCAGCACCGCGGAGGCGGCCUGUGCCUAUGUGAUGCUCCUCAUGGCGGUGUAUUGGUGCACCGAGGUUCUGCCGCUGGCCGUCACAGCGCUGCUGCCCACCGUCCUCUUCCCUCUGCUGGGAGUCAUGGAGUCCAAGGACGUGUGUAUGCAGUACCUGAAGGACACCAACAUGCUGUUUGUGGGCGGGCUGAUGGUGGCGGUGGCCGUCGAGCACUGGAACCUCCACAAACGCAUCGCGCUGCGGGUGCUGCUGCUGGUGGGCGUGCGGCCCGCGCUGCUGAUGCUGGGCUUCAUGGGAGUGACGGCCUUCCUGUCCAUGUGGAUCAGCAACACGGCCACCACGGCCAUGAUGGUGCCCAUCGUCCAGGCCGUGCUGGACCAGCUCAACGCUCAGAGUCAGAGCGUAGGCCGCGGGCUAACGCAGGUCUCUGCUGCAGCCGAGUCCGUCUGCUGCCAGAUGGAGCUGGAGGAGCUGAGCGGAGACGAGGACGAGGAGGACAGGAGGAGGAUGUGCAAGGGCCUCCUGCUGUGUGUGUGUUACGCUGCCAGCAUCGGGGGCAUCGCCACUCUGACCGGAACCGGACCCAACCUGGUUCUGACCGGCCAGAUGAGCCAACUCUUCCCUCAGAACGGUGACGUCAUCAACUUUGCGUCCUGGUUUGCGUUCGCCUUCCCCACCAUGCUACUGAUGCUGACGCUCGCCUGGUUCUGGCUACAGUUCCUCUACAUCGGCUGCAACCUGAGGCGGACGUGGGGCUGCGGCGCGGCGAAGUCGCAGAAGGAGCAAGCGGCAUACGACGUGAUCCGGGACGAGCUCCGCCGCCUCGGGCCCAUGAGCUACGGCGAGGGCAGCGUGCUGGCGCUCUUUGUCCUGCUGGUGGUGCUGUGGUUCACACGAGAUCCGCACUUCAUGGACGGCUGGGCCACAUAUCUCUUCAAUGCCAAGGCUGAGUUCGUCACUGAUGCGACCGUCUCUCUGUUUGUUGCUGUGUUGUUGUUUAUUCUUCCCUCUGAGCCGCCGAGCUACCUCUGCUUCUGGAGGGGCACUGACACAGAACCCCAGCGUCCCCGUGGCCCCGCCCCCCCGCUGCUCACCUGGCAGGUGACUCAGAGGAAGAUGCCGUGGAACAUCGUGCUGCUGCUGGGUGGCGGCUUCGCCCUGGCCCGGGGCAGCGAGGUGUCAGGACUGUCCCGCUGGCUGGGCGAUCAGAUGACUCCGCUGCAGUCCAUCCCUCCCGGGGCGAUCGCCGUUGUCAUCUGCUUCCUCGUCGCCACCUUCACCGAGUGCGCCAGCAACGUCGCCACGGCAACGCUCUUCCUGCCCAUCCUGGCCUCCAUGGCCCAGUCUAUAGGAGUGAACCCUCUGUAUGUGAUGGUGCCCUGCACACUCAGCGCCUCCUUCGCCUUCAUGCUGCCGGUGGCCACGCCCCCCAACGCCAUCGUCUUCUCCUACGGCUUCCUCAAAGUGUCCGACAUGGCUAAAACGGGUGCGGUGAUGAACCUGAUCGGGAUCGGCUGCAUCAGCCUGGCUGUGAACAGCUGGGGGCGCCUGCUCUUCCAGCUGGACUCCUUCCCCUCGUGGGCUAACGCCACCGCCGCCGUGUAGGAGCCCCGAGCCCCGGGCCCUGAACGCAGCGUGGUGCGUUCGAGGGGCACCGAGGAGCCUCGUGUCUCCGGGUUAACAGCAGGAGGACUGAGGUCUUCGGCCCUUCCCACGAUGCCUUGCUUCACCGGGUGUUCUGCUCAUGAGGAGGAGUCGGCAUGGCGACGCGCUUCAAGCUCCGCCUUUCAUCAGCUUCUGUCACCAUGGCAACGUUCACACAGCAGUCAAACGUCACCGGCUGCCGUGAGCCAAGUCUGAUUUGUGAAAACUGCUCGGAAACUUUCCAGAAACUUUUCCAUGAAUUUUGGAAAUAUUCCAAGUUGGAAACUUUCCAAGGGAAUUAACAGAAAGUGACUGCAAACUAAUACAAAUUCAAAACAUGACCUUUUUGACUUUGAUUUAUUUGUGAGUAGAACUUAAAUCGACUCUUUCAUAGAACAACAAAAAAACAUGAAUGAGGAAUAAAAUAAACUAAUUCCCUGUUAUUACUUAUUCCUGUUAAUUCCCAUGGAAGGUUUCCAACUUUUUUGCUGGAAUUUUACAGCCCUGCACCGUGAGAAAUUUACAAGACAAAAAAACUUCUUAUCUUUCUUACUUACAAUAAAAUAGAUGUGAAUAAUGACAACAAUAAUUUGAAUAAACAAAUAAAUAAAUAGAUCAAAAAGCGGGCAUGAUGAACGAUGGUCGAAAAUGUUCUUGUAAAACGUGUGCGGUGUCGCUCGCAGGCGAAACACCAGCUGACGUUCUGUGACGUUCUGUUUCUGUGACGUUCUGUUUCUGUGACGUCUGGGGAAAAUCAAACACAAAUUGCAGCGGAACAAGGAUGGAGGCUGAUGAUGUCACAACCCCUGGAAACCAAUCCCAUCGGCCGACAGGACGGAGCCACUUUAGUUCCAAAAAACAACAAAACCAACAGGAAGCUGAGAGGCGGAGCUGGGAGAUUCACUGGAGAACAUUUUAGAUGGACAGAUUAUCAAAUAUCAAACAAGUUAUGAGUCGGGACUAUUUGCAUAUUCACGCAUAUUUAAUGAGUGUUCUUUCUGAGCCCUUUCAAGGCUAAUGUUUUUUCAUGGAAAAAAAACUUCUAAAUAUAAUAUUGAUGAAGAGAGUGGAGUUUUAUUGAUUGAUCUGAUGAUUGGACUGUAAAUGGGCUGAAU